UCUAAAUUAAGAAUUGUGACUAUCAAUAUGAACACACAAGCCCGGAAGGAAAGUGAGAUCACAAAUGCACAAGGUGAAGUUGAAAGAAAGGUGGAAACAGUGGACUAUUGUUCAUCAGCAGGGAAAGGCAAAGAGGUAAAGACUGUGCAGGUGAUUCACCAAUAUCCAGGAAGCAAUCAGAAGACCGGCGGGGUUGUCCUGACUGGUGCUGCCGCUGCUGUGGCCUCGACCCUGGAAUCUGCCAAGGAUGCAAUAUCUCGAAAGUAACAGCACAAUGCUCCAUUACAAAUGACCAUACCUACUUCUGAAUCUCUUAGGAUCUUCAAUUCUGGGUAUUAUUUGAUUUGUAUAGGGUAUGGAAACAAUACUACCUCGCAUGUUUUGUCUUGUAUGUAGUACGCUAUAUAUGGACCUAUGGUGCUUAAUUGUUGCGAAACACAUAAUGUCGUGUCUCCUUGAUUAGAGAUUGGUUAUGAUGACCUGAAAAUCAUGUUAUCUGA